GGAGUUCGUGUGUGAAUGUGUCUGAGCUUGUAGGCUCACUUUCAGUUCCUUGCAUUUCUAUUCUGUAUUUAUUUGGCAGUGAAAUGAAAAUGUCUAUAGGUAUUGACACCAAAAAUUCUGUCUUUUACUCCCUCGAAGACAAGGCGUGAGAGGUGAUUUAGCUAAUCUGGCCCAUAGCAAAAAACAAAAACGAAAAACCGCUUCAAACCCGGCCUGAUUCUUCCCUUCUUUCCCGAUAAUCUUCCGUUGGCCGCCACCAAAAGGACCACCGCCAAUGCAGCGGCUACACCAACCACCAUUGCACGUUGUUUCAUUCCAUAACCAAUAAAGAACUUCAUAUGUGUACAAUUAAAUUCACCCACCUCUACAAACGCUUCUUUUAUUCUUCUUCAACCGUUAACAUAGCGUCCAACUAUCUUCACAAUCACAUCAAUUCUUUCCUCUCCAACCGUGUCUUAGAUUUCAACACCCUUCUCCAAAUCCACGCAUAUACCAUAACAACUGGUAACACAAACAACAUCUUCAUAGCGUCAAAGCUGAUAGCGCACUAUGCUUCACUCAACCAGCCCCAUUCUUCCGCCAAAAUCUUUGAUUCCCUCAGUUUCAAAGACCCUUUUCUUUGGAACUCAGUAAUUAAAGCCCAUUUUUCCAAUGGAAGGUAUGCAGAGGCGCUUGAUUUUUUCUCCGAGAUGUGGUUUUGUGACAAGUUGCCUAAUCAAUUUACUAUCCCCAUCGUUGUUUCAGCCUGUGCUGAAGUUGGGUUAUUGUGUUUUGGAAUGAGUAUUCAUGGAUUGAUUACAAAAUUAAAUAUUUUUUGUGGAAAUUCAGCUGUUGGGUCUUCAUUUGUGUAUAUGUAUUCUAAAUGUGGGUCUAUGGAGGAUGCGGCUGGUGUGUUUGAUGAGAUUACGAUGAAAGAUGUGGUUGCUUGGACCGCGCUUGUCAUUGGAUAUGUGCAGAAUGGUGAGAGUGAGAAGGCUAUGGAAUGCCUUUCUGAGAUGCAUAGGAUUGGUGGCAAUAGCGAGAGGCCGAAUUUUCGGACAUUGGAAGGUGGCUUCCAAGCCUGUGGGAAUUUGGGUGCAUUGGUAGAAGGCAGAUGCUUGCACGGGUUGGCAGUAAAGUCUGGGAUUGUGUCGUCACAUAUUGUUCAAUCUUCGAUUUUGUCAAUGUAUUCGAAGUGUGAGACAGUUAAGGAUGCCCACCUUUUGUUUGAGGAAAUUGUCGUUAAGGAUCUAUAUUCAUGGACAGCUAUUAUUGAUGUUUAUGCAAAAUUGGGGUAUGUUUAUGAGUGCUUUAAUAUGUUUUUUAAGAUGAAAGCUGAUGGGAUACAUCCGGAUGGGGUGGUAAUCAGUUGUUUGCUUUUAAGUUUUCCUAGUUCCAAGAAGUUGUAUGAAGGGAAGGCGUUUCAUGGUUUUAUCUUGAGGAGAUAUUAUGAAGUCGAUAAGAUUGUUUAUAAUGCAUUGUUGUCUAUGUAUUGUAAUUUUGGAGUCUUGGCUCCAGCUGAAAAGCUUUUUAAUGGAGGAUGUGAUCAGGAUGAGAACUCUUGGAACACGAUGAUUGUUGCCUAUGGCAAGGCAGGAUUAGAGAUGAAGAGCAUAAACUUGUUUCGAGAAAUGCAGCAUCUAGGUAUCAAAGUUGAUUUGAACAGCCUAAUAUCAGUUAUUUCUUCCUGUUCUAAACUGGAAACAAACAAAUUCGGUCGAUCUCUUCAUUGCCACAUUAUUAAACAUUCAGUAUGCGAGAUUGUUUCGGUUGUCAAUGCACUUAUAAUUAUGUAUGGUAAGUGUGGGAAUUUGACCAUAGCAAGGAGGUUAUUUUAUCGGACGAACAAAGAUAUUGCCACAUGGAAUAGUUUGAUUUCAUCUUAUGUUCAUAAUGGACACUCUUCUGAGGCUUUAGCUCUAUUUAACAAAAUGGUUUCUGAAGGCAUCAAGCCUAACAAUACAACACUAUUAAUUUUGCUCUCUGCUUGUGGCCAAAUCGCAUCGGUUAAAAAAGGAAAAGAAAUUCAUGAUUAUAUUAGGGAAGAAGGAUUUGAGUAUAAUAUUGCUGUUGCUACUGCAUUGAUUGAUAUGUAUGCAAAAUGUGGGCAACUCAAAAUUGCAAGAGAAAUCUUUGACUCAAUGAAUGAGAAGGAUGUUAUUUCUUGGAACGUGAUGAUUUCCAGUUACGGAAUGCAUGGAGAUGGAAAAUCUGCAAUGGAGAUUUUCCAACAGAUGGAACAAUCUAAUACUAGGCCUAAUGACCUUACCUUUCUCGCGGCCCUCUCUGCUUGCGCACAUGCUGGAUUUGUUGAAGAAGGCAAGUCUCUCUUUCGUAAAAUAAAAGAAUAUUCUGUGAGACCCACACUGAAGCACUAUACUUGUAUGGUAGAUCUUCUUGGUCGGUCAGGUCGUUUGGCCGAGGCUGAAGCUUUUGCUUUGUCAAUGCCUAUUUCUCCUGAUGGGGGCAUAUGGGGUGCUUUAUUAACUGCUUGCAAAAUGCACAAUAAUACUGAGAUGGGUAUAAGGACUGCCAAGAAUGCUAUUGAGGCUGACCCAGAUAACGAUGGAUAUUACAUAACAAUAUCGGACCUGUAUAGUUCUGUGGGGAUGUGGGCAGAGGUAGAAAAAGUGAGACAAAUCAUGAAGAAAAGGGGGGUGAGAAAGAGAGCUGGUUGGAGUACAAUAUAACAAGGAUACAUCUCAACUGUUCUACUGUUGGAACACAACUUCUGGAUUCUGGAACCUGAUAGACAUAUGCACUAAUGCCUUCCGAUGGCUUUCAGGUAAUAAUUUGAAACUUGGAUCAAGUCCUUAUUUUAAAGCCUACUUUGUAUAGUUUGUAUCAGGCUUUUAGGCAGGCUAUUAUAUUCUACUGGACGAAAAAGGGUUUCUUUUAAGACAUUCUCAGUUAACACUUGAGCUUUUCCACAAACUACAAAUAUCUGAUGUUGCAGUGCCUUUAUAUGUGGGAAUUUUCUAACUGAUGCAAGUUUCAAAAUUUGGGUUAAACUCUAUAAUGCUCGGACUCGGGUACGGGUACGUAUCUAAGUGUAGGAUAUUUUAUUUUCUUAAAUGUAUGAUACGGGGAUAUGGCUAAAAAGAGUCCAAAUUUAGGACACGGGUACGUGGGUAUAUCUUUCAAACUUCAAUUUUUGUACAAAUGCAAGACGUCAUUUUGAAUAAACCAAAAUCAAUUAUUGACUAAGGAAAUAGAUAUUGAGGAAGGAGUUAAGACGAAUAAAAUAUAAUUUUACAAUUUAGUUUUCAAUUAUGGACAUUACUAAAUGUUAUAUAAAAUAGCAAAUAAUGGACAUAAUUGCAAUUUGGACUUAGUAGAGAACUAAGAAACACUAUAUGGAAUCUAUUUUCAUUUUAUACAAACAAAACUCUAAACUACCGAUACAGAGAAUGAAGGAAGGAAAAAAAUAAGAAAGAGAAGGGAAAACUUAAUGCCGCUACCUUUCUCCACCCUUUCGAUGGAGACGCUAGGUGCGUAGAGAGCGGAAAUGGGAAAGAUAAGGAGAAGAAAAAAAGGAAGAAGAAGCGAAAGCAAUGAAGUGUCCGAUUGAAAAUUGGAAGAUCCGACACAUAUCUCAUACCCAUACCCAUGUCGUGUUGUGUCCGACAUGGGUACUCCGACUAUUUUGAAGAGUCCGAGCAUCAGAGGUUAAACUGAAGUCGGGAGAAUUCUGUUGUAAAAUUUCAGUGUAACCAUACAAACUUUAUUUGGAUACUUGAUAUUGGCACAAAAGUUCUUUAUAUAGAUUAUGAGGGACAGUAAGACAUAUAGAAAAUUUUGGAAAGAACAGGUAUAAUUGAAAAGGAGAGAAAUCCCACUCGAAUAUCAAAAGACCAAUGAAUAUAAUUUACAUAGAGGGAAUUGGCUUUAUAUAGGAAAAAUACAUGGGAUGUAAGAAGAGAAAAGUUUCACCCAAGAUUAUGUGUCUGAUCUGUGACAUGGUUAUAGAUUAUACUAUUAUACACACUAAAGGCCAGUUCUGUGGGCGAAUACUGCUGAUGCUACAACUUAAGGCCAAAAAUAGUCUUUUGUGGUUCCAUCAUCUUGCAUGAGGUUUUGAAUCUUCUCCCACCUCUUUACUAGCAAAACAAUCCCAAAUGCAGCAUAAGUUCAUGAUACUUGUAGAUUACUUGUCGUGGAUAAAUAUGUUGAUUCCUGGAUAUAUGGAUGUCAAUAGAGCUUGAUUGUUUCUAGAAUCAUUUAAAUUUGUAGCCUUCUAAGUUUAUUAUCUUACAUUCAGAGGUAAGAUCCUACAUUCACAGUUAAGCUUGAUCAUCCAUGUACACUGAUGGCACACACAGAAACUUGGUAUAAUCCAUGUACUGUCAUAUUAAUGAGUUGAUGAUCUAGCGUUUCAUACAUGAAAAGAUAUUUUCAAUGAGAAGGACGGGACUACUUUGCUUUUUGCUUUUCUUCAGGACAUUUUGCACGAGCAGAAGUACCCGAUUUUGCUAUUUGAGAAUUGGGUCACCGCGGCAGAGCUGCAAUCGAAAUAGUGAUUCUUUGGCCAGGUUUUCUUCGUGCCUUCAGAUCCAUUCAUUGGAGAAUGAAUCAUCGCUGCAGGAUUAGUUCUUUGCAAGAUUCAACCUUGUUCUGGCACCAGAACCCGCUAGUAAACCACACAUCCAGUGGCGGAUCUAGGAGGUGGCGAGCUGGAUCCGCCGGAAGCAAUUUUUUUGGGCUGACAAUAGAUUAAGCUGACGGUCGACAAUCAACGGCCACUCGUGCUGACUCAAAAUCCUAGAUUCGUCACUGCACACAUCCCAUCUUGCUUCUCUAUUCUCAUCCAUAGCAUUGGUGCCAUUGCAAUUUUGCAAGAGAAUGAAUAUACUUCACAAUUCACAUAUAUCGUCCAAGUCCAACAUCAAUGCAUCAGGCUUACCAUUCUAUUAUGAGUCAUACACCAGCAGGCCAAGUGAGUACUGAGGCUUUCUGUGCUUAACAUGUGAUGACGAACAUGGAAGCUCACAGGGAAAAAGAAUUGAGAAGGUGGGCCUGAACUACAAUGACUUCGCUGCAUACAGUUUCACUGUGCAGUGGAGAAAGUGGUGAUAGAGUAUGCUGAGUGUGUUGGAUAAGGAUCUCGACAAUGUUUAAAUCGAAGAGUUUCAAGGAAGCUAUAGUUAUCUUGUCAGCUCAAGCCCUGGAAAGUUGUGGGAGCUGAUAUGAGACUUUUGUUUCAUAAACCAGGUGAGAAUAUGGCAUCAUUUUCUUGUAGAUUUUAUUGAUUCAUAUGCUUAAAUUUUCGUUGAUGUUUUAUUUAUACUGAUUAAUGAAUUUGGUGCUGUUUUUGGAACAAGAGGGAUGAAUGGAUUGAUACAAAAGAUGUUUUAGAAGUACUGACUAGUGCAAUCCAAUUUGGAAUUCAAUUCUCAA